AGACUGUGGACGGCGGAACUGAAGUCGCGCCUCCCCUUCGAGCUCCGCAGGGAGCUCUUUUUCAAAUGCACUGAGGACAGUCUCCGCUCACGCGAUUGGCAGCGGGGACCGGAAGCGCUUGGGAACCCGGCAAAGGAUUGUGCCACGAGACGCGCAGAGAGCCUGGGUGCGCGGUUUCCACUGGGACUGGAGCCCAGAGGAAACCCCACCGCGGAAGCAAUGGAGCGGAGCGCAGGAGACCGCACUGCUAGCGCCCUUUUCGCGGGGUUCCGGGCUUUGGGGCUUUUCAGCAACGACAUUCCACACGUGGUGCGGUUCAGUGCGCUGAAGCGCCGAUUCUAUGUGACGACGUGCGUGGGCAAAAGCUUCCACACCUAUGACGUUCAGAAACUUAGUCUGGUUGCAGUAAGUAACUCCCUUCCACAGGAUAUCUGUUGUAUGGCAGCUGAUGGGAGGCUAGUCUUUGCUGCUUAUGGGAAUGUUUUCUCUGCCUUUGCCCGUAAUAAAGAGGUAGUACAUACCUUUAAGGGUCAUAAGGCAGAAAUCCAUCUUUUGCAACCCUUUGGGGAUCACGUUAUUUCUGUUGAUACUGACGGUAUUCUUAUUAUUUGGCACAUAUAUUCAGAAGAAGAAUAUCUGCAGUUGUCUUUUGAUAAAUCAGUGUUUAAAAUUUCUGCAAUUUUGCAUCCGAGUACCUACUUGAAUAAAAUACUUCUUGGCAGUGAACAAGGAAGCCUCCAGUUGUGGAAUGUAAAAUCCAAUAAACUUCUGUAUACAUUUGCGGGAUGGAAAGUUGGAGUGACAGCGCUUCAGCAGGCACCAGCUGUGGAUGUUGUUGCCGUUGGUCUUAUGUCGGGUCAGAUUAUCAUUCACAACAUUAAGUUUGAUGAAACAUUAAUGAAGUUUCGUCAAGACUGGGGACCUAUUACUUCGAUUUCAUUUCGCACAGAUGGUCAUCCAGUAAUGGCAGCUGGAAGCCCAUGUGGCCAUAUUGGACUCUGGGAUCUAGAAGACAAAAAGUUAAUCAAUCAAAUGAGAAAUGCACAUUCUACAGCAAUUGCCGGACUGACAUUUCUCCAUAGAGAACCACUUCUUGUCACAAAUGGUGCUGACAAUGCUCUCAGGAUAUGGAUAUUUGAUGGUCCCACAGGUGAAGGCCGGCUUUUGAGAUUCAGAAUGGGACAUAGUGCUCCUCUUACCAAAAUAAGAUAUUAUGGACAAAACGGACAACAAAUUCUUAGCGCAAGUCAGGAUGGAACUCUUCAGUCAUUUUCCACAAUACAUGAAAAAUUUAACAAGAGCUUGGGACAUGGAUUAAUAAAUAAAAAGAGAGUCAAACGUAAAGGACUUCAGAAUACCAUGUCAGUGAGACUUCCACCCAUCACAAAGUUUGCAGCUGAGGAAGCUCGUGAAAGUGACUGGGAUGGUAUCAUUGCUUGCCAUCAAGGUAAGCUAUCUUGCUCAACCUGGAACUAUCAAAGAUCUACAAUAGGUGCUUACUUUCUCAAGCCAAAAGAGCUGAAGAAAGAUGACAUAACUGCAACAGCAGUGGAUAUAACUUCUUGUGGAAACUUUGCUGUGAUUGGUCUCUCAUCAGGAACUGUAGAUGUAUAUAACAUGCAGUCGGGUAUACACCGAGGAAGUUUUGGCAAGGAUCAAGCCCAUAAAGGAUCUGUUAGAGGUGUUGCAGUGGAUGGAUUAAACCAGUUGACAAUUACAACUGGUAGUGAAGGAGUACUCAAGUUCUGGAACUUUAAAAACAAAGUUUUAAUUCAUUCUAUGAGCCUUGAUUCAUCUCCAAAUAUGAUGCUGCUACAUAGAGACAGUGGCAUUCUGGGACUCGCCUUGGACGACUUCUCCAUUACUGUUUUGGACAUAGAAACUAGGAAGAUUGUCAGAGAGUUUUCUGGACACCAAGGCCAAAUAAAUGACAUGGCUUUCAGUCCUGAUGGUCGUUGGUUAAUAAGUGCUUCAAUGGAUUGCUCUAUUAGAACUUGGGACCUUCCAUCUGGAUGCCUUAUAGACAGCUUUUUGUUGGACUCAGCUCCUCUUAAUGUUACUAUGUCCCCUACUGGAGACUUCCUGGCCACUUCCCACGUAGACCACCUUGGAAUUUAUCUAUGGUCCAAUAUUUCCCUGUAUUCAGUUGUUUCAUUACGGCCACUUCCCACAGAUUAUGUUCCUUCAGUAGUGAUGCUUCCUGGUACUUGUCAAACCCAAGAUGUAGAAUUAUUAGAAGAAACCACAGAACCAAGUGAUGAAAUGAUAGAGUAUGACUCCCCAGAACAGUUGAAUGAGCAGCUGGUGACUCUGUCACUCCUUCCUGAAUCCCGGUGGAAAAAUCUUCUAAAUCUUGAUGUUAUUAAGAAAAAGAAUAAACCAAAGGAACCACCGAAAGUACCCAAAUCAGCACCGUUUUUUAUUCCAACAGUUCCUGGCCUUGUACCCAGGUAUGCUGCACCUGAACAAAAUAGUGAUCCUCAACAGUCUAAAGUGGUAAAUCUUGGAAUUUUGGCUCAAAAAUCAGAUUUCUGCUUGAAACUUGAGGAAGGACUGGUAAAUAAUAAAUAUGAAGCUGCUCUUAACCUUCUGAAAGAAUUAGGCCCGUCAGGAAUUGAAACAGAGCUGCGAAGUUUGUCUCCUGAUUGUGGUGGUUCUGUAGAAGUUAUGAAGAGCUUCUUGAAAAUGAUCAGGAUGAUGUUGGACAAAAAGCGUGACUUUGAGUUAGCCCAGGCAUACCUUGCGUUGUUUUUAAAGUUACACCUUAAAAUGCUUCCUUCAGAGCCAGUACUUCUAGAGGAAAUGACUAAGUUGUCAUCACAGUUGGAAGAAAACUGGAUCCAUUUACAAUCACUCUUCAAUCAAAGCAUGUGUGUUUUAAAUUACAUUAAAAGUGCUUUGUUGUAAAAAUACACUUAGGUGACUAAAUAAAGACUUUUAUAUUAAAGAGAUUGAGUUUAACUUACAACCUUGUUUUCCAAGUGUCAAUGUGAAAAGAAAAUAAAUGCCAGCACUACCAACUAGUCCGUCAUUCUCCACUUUAAAUGCUGAAUACUUUCUUGAAAUAAAAGUAUACCUACUUUUUGUUUUAAA